UCAAAACGGUAAAACGCACACAUUUCCUUCUCCACUACGAGCUAAAAAUCCUCCAUUUUACGAUUCAGCUUCCUAUCGAAAACUUUAGACGAUCUUCACCGUUGAUUUCAUUCUAAUGGCGCUCAUUCUUCAUCAGUAACCGUCCUUUUCUUUCCUCAUUUCAUUCCUCUUCCACCAUCUCGUGCAUGUUCUUCUUCUCGAAGAUUUUCGGGUUACUUUUUGUGCAACUUGCAAUACAUGAGUUGAAAUGGGGGUUUCCGAUAACAUGCUGCAUAAAGAGACAUUAAAAGUGGCAAGUGGUAGUCAUUCUGAGGGAAGGCUGGGAAGAGUGUCAACUGAAAAUGGUCACUUUGCUUCUGCACCCAAGUAUAAGCAGCGUAAAGUUUCUGCUGUUCGGGAUUUUCCACCAGGGUGUGGAAGGUUGGCUGCACCAAUCAAUAGACCAAGUGAGCAAGCACAAUGGCAGGUCCUUUCUGAAAAAGAAAACCCAGCAUUGGUGUCUGAUCGGGCAGACAAAAUUGAGUGUGAAAGGAGGUUUAAAAUUUCUGGUUUGCAGAAGGAGUUACCUCAGGAGAAUGUUGCCACUUUUAAAGAAGAGGUGGUUCCACAAAGUGGUGUGAAAUCCCAUCGUGGUGAGAGCAGUUUGGAGAAGACUUCAGCAAGAAAUUAUCGUCCUCGUAGAGGAGUCACUGCUGUGAGAGACUUCCCUCCAUUUUGUGGAAGAAAUGCUCCACCUCUUAGUGAGGAGGAGCGCACGAAAUGGCUUACCUCUUUAAAGAACAAAUUCAAUCUAGAGAAGUUUGUAAAUGUGGAAAAGCCCUCAGAGGAGACUAUAUGUACUGAUGUGAAACAAGUGAUAGAGGAUGUUCAGGAUGUAAAUGCUCUAGAAGGUAAAAUAGGAGGUAGUGCUCCUAUACUCUCUGCAGAAGAAAUUCAAUCUAAACCUGAAGAGCUGGCUUCUGAAAAAAUGAGGAAGCAAGGUGCCUAUGAAGCUUCAUCCAGGAACGAUAUGGAUGAGGACAAGGAAGAUAUGAGAGAAAAGAGCAUCAAGUCUCCUUGCGAAACUUAUCCAAAUGAAUUUAAUAGCAAGUCCAAGCAAGUUAGUGAGACAAGUAAUGGAUAUAUUAGAGGUUUGGAGGAAAAUCCAAUGCGUGAUAUUGUAAUUUAUGCUGAGGACAAGAGUUUUGAGACAAAGCUUUCUGAUUCACCUGCCUUUGAGGAUCAAUUGCUGGAGGAGGACUGUGGGAGUCAAGAAGUUUUAUUGGAUGGGUCAAUUGUGCAAGGCCUCAUGGCUUCAUCAACUUGUCCACUGCCACAAGGGAAAGAGACCUGCAAACUUGACCUGGAGGGUGUUUCAUUUAAAAGAAAAAGAAAGAACAAUUUCAUAUUACUACCAAGGGCAAACCAUGCUUUAGUAGCAAAUAAGAAUGAAGCAGAGAGCCCUGAAGAAACAUGUAUUAAGAAGAAUUCUUCUCCCACAAGGCCUUACACAAAUGAUAAUUUUGGUCUGAGAUCAUACAGUUAUGAUGUGAGUCUUCCUCCUUCUUGUCCAAGUAGUGUGGGUCAUGAUAAUGAUGCAAUUAAUACUCGGAACAAAGUGAGAGAGACAUUACGCCUAUUCCAAGCCAUUUGUCGGAAGCUCUUACAGGAAGAAGAAUCGAAGUUGAAUGGAGAAGGAAAGACCUUUAAGAGGGUGGAUAUCCAAGCUGCAAAGAUUCUCAAAGAGAAAGGGAAAUACAUUAACACAGGCAAACAGAUCAUUGGACCUGUACCAGGUGUUGAAGUUGGUGAUGAGUUUCAUUAUUUUGUGGAGCUCAAUAUUGUUGGCCUUCAUCGCCUAAGUCAGGGUGGUAUAGAUUAUGUAAAGCAAGGCGAUAGGACCAUUGCUAUUAGUGUUAUAGCAUCAGGGGGCUAUGAGAAUGACUUGGAUAACUCAGAUGGCUUGACUUACAUGGGUCAGGGAGGAAAUGUUAUGCAGAAAGGUAAGCAACCAGAAGACCAGAAACUUGAAAGAGGAAACCUUGCUUUGGCAAAUAGCAUAUUUGUUAGGAAUCCAGUGAGGGUUAUUCGCGGUGAGACAAGGUCUUCUGAUUUCUUAGAAGGUAGAGGUAAAACAUAUGUUUAUGAUGGCCUUUAUUUGGUGGAGAAGUAUAAGCAAGAAUCAGGACCACAUGGUAAGCUGGUCUACAAAUUUAAGCUGGUCAGAAUUCCUGGUCAACCAGAGCUUGCUUGGAAAGUUGUAAAGAAAUCUAAUAAAUCUAAAGUGCGGGAAGGGCUCUGUGCACACGAUAUCUCACAGAGGAAGGAGGUAAUCCCCAUUUGUGCUAUAAACACCAUAGAUAGUGAGAAACCUCCACCAUUUGUGUAUGUAGCUCACAUGAUCUAUCCUGACUGGUGCCACCCUAUUCCUCUCAAAGGUUGUGAUUGUAUUGAUGGAUGUUCAGAAUCUGGGAAAUGUUCCUGUGCAAUGAAGAAUGGAGGAGAGAUCCCAUAUAACCAUAAUGGGGCCAUUGUUGAGGCAAAGCCCCUUGUCUAUGAAUGUGGUCCUUCUUGCAAAUGUCCUGCUUCUUGCUAUAAUAGAGUGAGCCAGCGUGGCAUAAAAUUUCAGCUUGAAAUCUUUAAAACAGAAUCCAGAGGCUGGGGUGUUAGAUCCCUAAAUUCUAUCCCUUCCGGAAGUUUCAUCUGUGAGUAUGCUGGCGAGCUCCUCGAAGAUAGAGAAGCUGAAGAAAGAACAGGGAAUGAUGAGUAUCUGUUUGAUAUUGGCAACAACUACAGUGAAAGUUCUCUGUGGGAUGGUCUUUCAACCCUAAUGCCUGAUGCGCAUUCAAGUGUUUGCCAAGUUGUGCAAGACAGUGGUUUUACCAUCGAUGCAGCACAGCAUGGCAAUAUAGGAAGAUUCAUAAACCAUAGUUGUUCACCUAAUUUGUAUGCACAAAAUGUCCUUUAUGAUCAUGAUGACAGGAGAAUCCCACAUAUAAUGCUCUUUGCUGCUGAGAAUAUUCCUCCCUUGCAGGAGUUGACGUACCAUUACAAUUAUAUGAUAGAUCAGGUUCGUGAUGAGAAUGGUAACAUAAAGAAGAAAUUUUGCUAUUGUGGUUCUUCAGAGUGCACUGGUAGGCUGUAUUGAAGCAUGACACUAAAAUCUCUUUUGGAUUCCUGAAGAAGCACUGACUUUUGCACUGCAUUACAAUAUCCAGAUGCUGCACUAUCGUAUGCUUCAUUCAUGUAACUGUUCAAAUUUCAUGCUUGCCAAGACUAGCUGCCCGCCGCAGAAUGUUUAUGAUGCCCUCCUUGUUUGCUUGUAUCAGUGUAUAGGAGACCUCUUUAUGAUUAUAUUCUUCACAGCUGUUCCUAGAACAUAGUUUUCGGGCAAAAAUGUACUUCUAAGACGCAUGUGAGGAAGCUAAUUGCAGAGUUAAUGUUAUGGACUUGCAUGUGCGGUGUAAUCAUUUUGAUAAACUACUCUACUUUAAAGGGAAAAUCGAGAAAAAUAGUCAAAUAUAGAAAU